CAGCUGUAGAGAGGGGUCCUUCCACCGUCAACACCAGAGAAGCACGCUAGCAACGUCAGGAUGGGUCGCUCCUCCAAAGACAAGCGGGACAUUUACUACCGUCUAGCUAAAGAGGAGGGGUGGAGGGCACGGAGCGCCUUCAAGCUGCUGCAGCUGGAUGAAGAGUUCAACCUGUUCACAGGUGUGAACAGAGCCGUGGAUCUAUGUGCGGCUCCUGGCAGCUGGAGUCAGGUCCUCAGUCGGAAACUCAGAGGGCGGGAGGAGAAGGGUGAGAAGAGUGAGGAGGUGAAGAUUGUAGCAGUGGACCUGCAGGCCAUGGCACCUCUGCCAGGAGUCACUCAGAUCCAAGGAGACAUCACCAAGGUGUCGACAGCUCAGGAGAUCAUCCGUCACUUUGAGGGUCAGCCGGCUGACCUGGUGGUGUGUGACGGAGCUCCAGACGUAACCGGUCUACAUGAUGUGGACGAGUACAUCCAGGCUCAGCUCCUAUUGGCUGCUCUGAACAUCACAACACAUGUCCUGAAACCUGGAGGGACAUUUGUGGCCAAAAUCUUCCGAGGUAAAGACGUGACUCUGCUCUACUCUCAACUAAAGAUCUUCUUCAGUGGUGUGACCUGCGCCAAGCCUCGCAGCAGCAGGAACUCCAGCAUUGAGGCCUUUGUGGUGUGUCAGAAUUACUCUCCACCUGAAGGUUACGUCCCCAACAUGUCCAACCCUCUACUAGAUCAUUCCUACGAUGUGGAUUUUAACCAGUUGGAGGGUCCAAACCGUGUCAUUGUUCCCUUCCUGGCGUGUGGAGACCUCAGCGCCUUCGACUCAGACAGAACCUAUCCUCUACAGCUGGAAGAGGGUAAACAGUAUCAGUACACCCCACCAACCCAGCCCCCCAUACGCCCUCCGUACCAGCAGGCCUGCCACCUCCGCAAAAACAACCUGCUGUCCAGAGAGGACGCUCCGUCUGGACAUCCCAGUCAGAGUCAAGAUGAGGCAGAGCAAAAGACUGAGUCCACCUGAUCGCUCACUGAUUUUUACUUUAGAAAAACACCAACAGGCUUAAGAGAGUUCUCAUGAAGAAAUAUCUUUUAGGAAAGACUUUUCUGCCUGUCUUACAGGAAGAUUUGGGUCCAGGAUGAUUGUCAUGAUACCAGAAUUUUAACUUUGGUACUAUUCUAGUACAACAAGGUUAUCAAUAUUUUUCUAAUACCACAGCAACAAAAAUGCAAGUCCCAGGUUAAAAAUCUGACUUUUUUUAAACUUUUGUAAUACUCUACACUAUCAAUCAUUAAAAUAAUGAAGCAUCUACUGAUUUAGGGAAAGUGGUAUUGUUAAGUUUCUCUUUUAAGUGUUCAUCAUAAGACAGUGGAUACAAAGCAUUUUCACAAUCACAAGAGUAUAUUUUAUUGUUUUUUUUUGUUUGUUUGUUUUUUUUUCUAUUAACAGGGGCUAUUUUGUGAUGGGUCCAUCACCAGUCAGACUUUUAGUGUUGUUAAUGUAUUAAAUUUGAUAAUAAAAGUAAA